AUUUUCUGCCAAAAUUUACGCCAGUUUAAUAAAUCCCCACUUGGCGGUAGCACUGUUCUUGUUUACUGCUAGUGACAGUUGAAAAAGUAUCGUGAGGUUAUGUAGCUUAAUUUAUAGUUUAUUUACGAAGAAAAUGGAUAAUCCGGAAGUUUGUCCGAUAACAGCAGAUCUGUACUUUCUGCUCCACAAGUUUCUCUCAGGUGGCCCCCUUAAAAAAACACUAAAGGCGCUUCAUGAGGAAUUAACCGAAAAUAAGUUAUUGCCACAAAGGACCGACUGGUUGGGGAAAUUACAUGAUCGUACUUUGGAAGAUUUGGAGCACCAAUACCCCAAUGUUCGACCCGAUUAUUUGUUACAAUUGUGUUGCCGUGCCGGCACUCAAAAAGUGACUCAAGUUGAAAAAAUCGCCACACUUUUCAGCUUGAAAAAACAUGCCGUCAAUAGUAGUAACGUAGAGUACAAUUUUAAGCAACUUUGUAAUUAUGUCCAGAGACGGCACUUGCUCCCCUUGUGCAACCGUGUCCAUAUUUCAUCAAACCUCGUGAAUAUCUUACGGGGUCGUGAAAUUUCGGGCCCAAUUUCCAGGCGUUGGGUUGUCGCCCCAAAACUGUACAGUGGUCUACAGUUCCAGAGACGUACUUUGGGCCACCUUUCGGCCGUUUAUUGUCUUCUAUUUGAUUAUUCAGGACGCUAUAUAAUCACAGGUGCUGAUGAUCUUUUGAUCAAACUUUGGUCGUCUGUUACCGGACGUCUUAUCGCAACUUUUCGAGGCGCCUCCUCCGAAAUCACCGACAUUGCCAUCAACCUAGAAAACACCCUUCUGGCAGCCGGUUCAAUAGACCGUAUCCUCCGAAUCUGGGACCUACAAACAGGAAUCCCAGUUGCUGUCCUUCCCGGACACACCGGAAUGAUAACUUCGGUCAAUUUCUGUCCUUCCCCUUCUUGGAAUUUUCAAUAUUUGAUUACGACAAGUACAGAUGGUUCAGUCGCUUUCUGGGCUUACACACACGAACCGGGUGGAAAAGUAAAUUUCCGUGCAAAACCAACAAUGUAUCAAGAAAAAAUGCGACCAGGACAAGCACAAAUGAUUUGUUCAUCGUUCAGUCCAGGUGGAAAUUUUCUGGCAACAGGAUCGGCCGAUCAUCACGUGCGUGUCUAUUAUAUGAAAGGUGAUGAAGGUCCCCAUCGAAUACUCGAAACGGAAGCACACAACGAUCGAGUCGACUCGAUACAAUGGGCCCAUGAAGGACUUAAAUUUUUAUCGGGAAGUAAAGACGGAACCGCGAUUAUUUGGAGCUUUGAGUCGCAACAAUGGAAAACCACCUAUUUACACAUGACAGCCGCUAGCAAUACAGUGAAACCCACAAGUAACGUUUUUUUCAGUACGAAGAAGAUGGCGGAAGAGGCGCGAAAAUUGAAAGUAACAAUGGUAACAUGGGACCGUUCAGACGCUUGGGCCAUAACAGCCGUCAGUGACCAUACGCUUAAAAUAUGGAAUGUGCGUAGUGGCCAACUAGAUAAAAUUCUAACUGGUCAUACUGAUGAGAUUUACGUGCUUGAAAGUCAUCCACAUGAUCGUAAUGUGAUCUUAUCGGCUGGUCAUGAUGGUCAAUUGUUUAUCUGGGAUUUGUAUAAAGGUGAAAUAAUUUCGCGUUUUAAUAAUACGAUUGAGAAUCAAGGUUAUGGUGCAAUUUUCGAUGUGAAAUGGUCACCGGAUGGUAAUGUGGUGGCUGCGUCCGAUUCACAUGGACAUUUAUUGAUUUUUGGUUUUGGUACUGGUGAUAGUUUGUUUGAGCAGUUGCCCAAAGAAUUGUUUUUUCAUACGGAUUAUCGGCCAUUAGUUCGUGAUACAAAUAAUUAUGUUUUGGAUGAACAAACACAAAUUCCACCACAUUUAAUGCCACCACCGUUUCUUGUCGAUAUUGAUGGUAAUCCGUACCCGCCAAUGUUACAACGUUUAGUACCAGGACGGGAACAUUGUAACACUGAACAGUUGGUACCGAAUGUUGUGAUUGGUAAUGAAGGUACUCAAGAGGUGAUACAAGAAGCUGAAGUACAGCCAUCUGUUCGAAAUCAUUUGCGGCCGCAAAAUCAUCGAAAUGAAGGCAUUAGACAAAGUACCGGUGAUUGGCAAAGUGAUCCUAACAUGAAAUGGAAAAAACACGUCCUUGUACCACCGUUAAAGGACACUCAUAUCAGAAAAAUCAAAGAGGAUGUCGAAAUGAUGGAAAAUAUGGAAAUGCAGGAAUAUAAGAGACAGCUAUGUCAGCGCCCUCACAUGAUCACAGUUAGUACUAGUGCCGAAACGAGCAAAUCGAUUGAAAAAAAACGUAAUCCGAUUCGUAUUCGUCCAACGAAAGAAUCAAUAAACAAACCGAUUUUCAUCGUUUCGGCAAGCAGUUCGUCGGAAAGCGAAAGCGAUUCAACUGGUUAUUCUGAUUGGGUGGCUGAAGAAGACGUCAAUGAAGACGUCAACAACCGGGAAUCCCCUAAACGUACACGCCGCCGCCAAGUCAAUUACAAUUCGGAAUCGGAUGAUCAUAAAGAUGAAUCGCGUGAAAAUACACCGGAAAAAUUUCCAGUUCGGCCAAUGAAAAUCAAAGAUCCCGAACGAUACCGAAUCAGUGAAUGGUUGACGGAAGUGCGACCGCGUAAAACUCCGUAUUUUCCUCAAAUGGGCGAUGAACUAGUAUAUUUUCCUCAAGGUCAUCACUUGUAUUUGGAGGCAGUCCGUACGAAAAAAAUCUACGAAAUUAAUAGUAAAACACUGCCGUGGACCAAAAUGCAUUUGAGGAGUCACGAAUUUGUUAAAGUCAUUGGAAUCCAAUACGAAGUGAAACCGCCACGUUUGUGUAAUUUACGGUUGGCACUACUGGACGACGAUGGUCGUCUUAAUGGUAAAAUUUUUACCGUUAAAUAUCACGAUAUGCCUGAUGUUUUGGAUUUUUUCGUCUUGAAACAACAUUUCGAUUGUGCAAUUUCACGAAAUUGGGAAAUUGGUGAUAAAUUUCGUUGUAUGAUUGACGAUGGUUGGUGGAUUGGUGAAAUUGUGGCGAAAAAUAACGCAAGUGGGGACUUCUCCGAAUCACCAUUUCUCUGUUACGAGAUUAAAUGGGAUAACGAUGAAUUAGAACGAAUGAGUCCUUGGGAUAUGGAAGCGUUGGAUGAUAAUCGUGUACCAGAAAAUUCCGGAGAGGCACUUCCAGUACUUGAAGAAGAGUUACAAAGUAUUUUGUAUCAACCAACGGCCGAUGAUUGGCCGAAUAGUGACAGAGAAGCGGUCACGUGUUAUAUUUUAACCGGUUUAGCUAAAGUAAUGGAAUUGGCGAUAGCCGAGCCGUUUUUAGUACCUGUUGACUUAAACACUUAUCCAACUUAUGCCGUUAUUGUCGAAUAUCCGGUUGAUUUAUCGACGAUUAAAGCACGAUUUGAAAAUCGAUUUUAUCGCAGGUUGACUGCUGCACAAUUCGAUGUGCGCCAUCUAGCGGCAAAUGCGGAAAAAUUCAACGAACGGCAUAGUAUUAUCGUGAAACAUGCAAGAAUCUUAACAGAAUUAUGUCUACGAAUAAUCAAACAAUGUUCAACUCAUCUUGACGUAACUGCAAUUUAUCAUCAAUUAGUCGACACUUAUGACUCGACCGAUACUGAAGUCGACGUUGAAAUACCUCCAUCUAGUAGUCGUAUGUUACGUUCAUUGCCUACUAGAUAUUUAAGACAUGCUAGUGAUUGGAAAUCGGAAGCGAAAAUUUUAUUCCAAGCGAUUUGGGAUUGUGAGGAUUCAGUGCCUUUUCGUACACCUGUCAAUAAUUUAAAAUAUACAGAUUACCACGAUAUAAUCGAGACACCCAUGGAUUUGAGUACAGUCAAAGACAAACUAUUCAGUGAUAAAUACGAAACUCCCAAUGAGUUUUAUAAUGAUAUGCGAUUAAUUUUUCAAAAUUCGCGCACUUAUAAUACAAAUAAGCGAUCAAGGAUUUAUGUUAUGACGGUACGGCUUGCUGCGAUUUUCGAGGAACAUAUAAGUAAAUUAAUAAAACAUUGGAAGAUGGCGAAACGGCGAAGUUAUGCCACACAACAAACCAAUAAUAAGGCAGAAAGUGGUACAAAUUCAUCGUCAUCUUCAUCCGAAUUGAGUGAGAUUGAGGAAGAAAUGAAGAAUGUAGAGAGUGAUAGUAGCGAUAGUGAGGAUAAUAAACCGCUUAAGAAAUUACAAACUGUAAAAGUGACUACGAAAGUUGUUAAAUCCGAGGAAGAAAGUGAGAGUGAAUCAAGCGAGAGUGUGGAAAAAAUGAAUGAAGAUGGUAGUGAGGAAGACGAAUCCAAUGAUUCGGAAGAUAGUUGUUAUAAACCAGUGACGCGAAGUACAAGAAAACGAAAUGAAAUUACAUCGUCAGAAGAAGAAGAUGAAGAAGAAUCGAGUGAUGAUAGCGAUGAUAAACCUUUGAUUUCAGUUAGACAUAAUGGACGUGCAAAGAAACGGUCGCGUUAUGUUGAGAGUGAAAGUGAGGAUGAUAAGGAAUUUUUUACAAGUGUAAGUAGCAGAGGCCGAGUGAGGAAAUUAAAUCCUAGGGUCACUGCCUUGAUGAAAAAAUAGUAUUUAUAAGUUUAUAUUUAUUUGUUUAUUGUUUUUAUACUGUCAAUAAAGCUAAAUUAUCACGAAACGAAA